CAAAGCUUAUCCAUGAAUAAUAUAUGUAUGGCAUUGGCAUUCACUUUCCUUCUAUAUAUAUAUAAUACACCAUAAUAAUCUUCUGCUCAAGAAGAAAAAAUAUAUCAUCAAUCGGUAAGUAUAUUAAAAGUAAAUCUUGAUCAUCAUCAUCAUGAGUUUGUCCGUAGUAAGAUCAAGUGAGAGCCUGGUAAAACCACGGGAAAAGACUCCAUGCACCACACUGGAGUUAUCAGCCAUGGACAAAGUCCCAGUCCUAAGAUGCAACGCUCGCACACUCCACGUUUACAAAAAGGGUGGCAAGGGUGCUGCCUCCGCCAUUAGAGAAGCACUUUCAAGAGCACUUGUUCCCUACUACCCUCUUGCUGGACGCCUUAAGGAGUACUCAACAAAUCCCAACAUAGGUCUCCAAGUCGAUUGCUGUGGAGAAGGGGUCUGGUUUGUGGACGCAUCUUCUGACUCCAAGCUUGAACAUUUCAAUUAUUUCGAUGACCUUAUUGAUGCUUCUAACUACUCCGCCGUCUCAUCAUCACACGAUCAUCUUCUACCCAACCACAUCCAUGGAAGUCUUUUAGGUGAUCAACCACUAGUGCAAAUACAGGUAACACGGUUCGCAUGCGAUGGAUUCGUGAUGGGGCUCGUAUUCAGUCACAUCAUAUGCGACGGCUUAGGCGCUGCGCAGUUUCUCAACGCCGUGGGAGAGUUCGCCCGAGGAUUUGACCGCCUCACCGUUGACCCCGUCUGGUGCAGAGACUUCUUUCUCACUAAUAAUACCACCACCUCUACACCACCACCACCAUCACCGUUGCCCACCAUCAUGCCAUUCGUAAACUACAAACUGAAGGAAGCCCAUGUAGACAUUUCCAUGGAACAGAUCGAAAAGCUGAAGCAACAUUUCCAACAAUCAACAGGCGGGGCUCACAAAUGCUCCACCUUCGAGAUAGUUGCAGCCAGUUUUUGGAGCUGUCGAACCAAAGCAAUAACAAUAACAAAUAGCAAUAGUAAUGAUGAUGUUGAGGAGGAAAUGGUUAGGCUUGUGUUCUUCGCCAACUGUCGUCAACUCAUGCAGCCUCCGUUGCCAGAAGGGUUCUACGGAAAUUGCUUCUUUCCUGUGACUAUAAAAGCUUCCAAGAAAUUUGUGGCUAAUGCUUCGGUUGUUGAGGUGGUGAAAAUGAUCCAACAAGGGAAGGCUAAAUUAGGUGAAGAGUUUGACAAUUACAGAAAGAGUAGGAAUGAAAAUGAUGGAAUGGAAGAGGAGAGGGAGGACCCGUUUAUGCAGCCUUUGAGUUACAACACGUUGUUUGUAUCAGAGUGGGGAAGACUAGGAUUCAACCAAGUGGACAUGGGGUGGGGACAACCGCUGCACAUAGUGCCCAUUCAAGGGUCCGCAAUCAUACCGGCUGGGAUCGUGGGGUGGCAGCCUGCUCCUAAAAGGGGUAUCCGAUUGAUGAGUUGGUGCGUGGAGGAGCCCCAUCGCCACCUCUUCCUUUCUCACAUCAUGAGGCUCUUUACAAUUUAAUAGUACUACCACCCACUACCACUCUAGUCCCACUAUAUAUAGCUCACUUGUCUCUCUCCCUUCCUCUCUCUAUAUAUAUUCUCAUGCAAAGGUUAAGUGUAUUAUCUAUCCAUGUGAUCGAUCAUAAUAUCAUCAUACGGGUAUGAAUAUGAUACGUGAUUAUUUAAUACCAUUUGAUUGGAAUUUUUAUUUUUUA